CUCUUCUUUGUAUUUCUCUUGAUGACUGACUUGAUUCUAUCCUUUCGUAUCCACUCUUUACAUGUACUCUCCACAUCUUCUCACCUUUUAAUCUCCUUUUCUCUCUUCAUUCAAGCACUAAAAUUUACUAUUUUUCAUCCUUCAAAGCCCCCUAUUCUCCAUUUUCUCACUUUCCUCCCAAAUGGCCACCAGUUCCCUCCACUCUCUUCUCCUUAACCGCCACCACAACCACCUUAACCAUCACCUUCCUGACUCCACCACCACCUUCUCCGCCCCCAUCUUCCUUAAACCCGCCUCCGCCACCACAACCACAACGUCCCUUUCAUCCUCCUCCACCAUUUCCACUACCCCACCAACCGCCACAACUUCUUCUUCUUCUUCGUCUUCUUACAGUUCUCCCACCGUCACCUCUCAACCCAUAUCCUUUGACCUCCUUGAACAACACCUCUCUGAUCAAAACUUCCACCAAGCCGACGAGGAAACCCGCCGCCUCCUCAUCGUCCUCGCCGGAGAGUCAGCCCAGAAAAGAGGCUACGUCUUCUUCUCCGAAGUUCAGUUCAUUGCAGCCGCCGACCUCAAAGCCAUUGACGAGCUCUGGAGAAGCUACAGCGACAGCAAAUUCGGCUACUCCGUUCAGAAAAAAAUAUGGCAGAAAGUGAACAAAGACUUCACGAGAUUCUUCCUCAAAGCAGGGUGGAUGAAGAAGCUGGACACUGAAGUUGAACAGUACAAUUACAGGGCGUUUCCGAAUGAGUUUAUGUGGGAGCUGACGAAGGAGACGCCUGAAGGGCAUUUGCCAUUGACGAAUGCGUUGAGAGGCACGCAGUUGCUGCGAAGUAUUCUGAGCCACCCGGCGUUCGAAGGAGAUGAAGAAGAAGGAGAAGAGAUAAUUGUAAUUUUGGAGGAGAGAAAAAUACUGUAAAUAAAAAUAAUCCUAGAAAUGGGGCGGUCAAAAAUGGGUCAAAGGUUAUUGGGAAGACUGUCUAUAAACCAAAUUAUGGCUUAUGAGGGUGACAACAUAGGUGUUUAUAAUCCAGUUUAAGCUGUAAAAUUAAAUUUAACUGUUUAAAAAUUAUGAUUUAA